AUGAGGGUUAACGGAGGGCCCGAAUUCUUGGUGCCAUUGUCAACAGACGCGGUCGAAAUGGGUCAGCAGGUAUCAGGUAUAACGUCUCCCUGCGCUCGACGUGCUGUGCCGCCGUGCGCCCAUUCGCUUUUUGCCCACCUUUCGUCGCGGGCGCCUCCACCAUUGUUCGGGGGCAUUUCUCUCGCGUGGGAACCGUCUGUAACGCGAUUGGACUGUCCCGGUGAUAAUUUAAGUGAUGGUCGAACAGAUCUAGUGGUUGUUUUACUGUUCGAUAAGUGCACUAUGGCCGUCUCGCCGAUAUUCCCGGUCGUGCUGAUUGUUACAUUUGCGAAAUGUAAUGGGCAAUCGAUUCCAGGCUACAACUAUGUGAACGGUGCAACGCAAUUUGGAGAUCUAUUGAAGCCACCACCUCCUCCGUUACCAAUCGCCCCUGUGCCAUUCCAUGGAGGCAAACCACAGCGCCAAACCAUGAACCCCUUUACCAAAGCGAUAGCACACUUCUGUCUGAAGGUCCUGAAGAAAGAAUUUACUGACGAAGACGAGGACGUUCGACGUAAAAAU